CUAUGCACAUUUAUUUGACGUACUACGGUACACCCUGACCGGAAGCUUCGGGCACAAACCUUUUGUGCACGUUCUGCGCACCUCCACCUUAUAUCAUUAUUGCGGUUGAUGCGGAAUGUCAAACAAUGAAUGAACAAUUCGUAGACCUUCAAUUACUAUAUGUGUACGACAGUGCCUGGUUAUUGGAGACAUUCUGUAAAGCAUCCCCUUGUAACAGCAACCCACGUGUUGCCGUAGGAACAAAUAUAUUGGAGGGUACAGAUUCGACAUUGACAGAUACAGUGUGCAGGCGUGUGUAGCCAACAGUACAAUAUCCUUGGUUUCGAUUGUUUCUAGCGCCCUCGUUAAAAUGAGCGAAUAUUUUUCCCUUUCAGAUUGUGAUGUAAUUGGUUUUGAUUUGGACCACACUCUCUGUCGGUACCAUUUGAAGGAGACCUCUAGGCUGAUCUAUGAGAGCUUUACCAGGUAUCUGGUAGAGCAUAAAGACUAUGACAAGGACCUUCUUAUAUUGACCCCUGCUUCCUGGGAUUUCUGUUUCAAAGGCUUAGUGGUAGACCUUGAGGAUGGAAACUUGGUUAAGUUGGCUGAAGAUGGAACCGUUUUACGAGCAACCCAUGGGACCAAUAACCUCAGCACAGAAGAGAUCAUUAAACAUUAUGGUUCAAAAAGGGAAUGGAAGAACUUUAAUACCCUUAAUACCUCAUUUACCAAAUCUACAAAGUACUAUUUUUAUGACAACUAUUUUGAUCUACCCGGGGCUCUUCUCUGUGGAAGGGUUGUGGAUAUGUUGCGUAAGCGUGGGAACGAGGUGAAUUCAGACUUCUGGAAAGACAUUGUUGCUGCCAUCGACCACAAUUACAACACAUCUGCAUUCAAAGAGGAUGCAGGAUGGUACUUCCCCAGUGUAAAGAGGGACCCUGGCCGUUACCUGCAGCCCUGCUCAGAGUCCGUCAAGACCUGGCUGAGGAGCAUGAAGAGUGCUGGGAAGGUCCUCCUGCUGAUCACCAGCUCCCACAGUGACUAUUGCAGGCUCAUCUGUGACCACAUCCUGGGGAAGGACUGGGAGGAGCUGUUUGACAUCAUCAUCACCAACGCCUUGAAGCCUGGGUUCUUCUCCCUGGUGCCCCAACAGAGGCCCUUCAGGACUCUGGUGAAUGAUGUGGAGGAGAGUGAAGGACUGCCGUCCCUGGAUAAGCCUGGCUGGUACUCUCAAGGAAACUGGCCCCACCUCCACCAGCUGCUCAAAACAAUGACUGGGAAACCUGAGCCCAAGGUGGUGUACUUUGGGGAUAGCAUGCGGUCGGACAUGUUCCCUGCUAGCACGUUCGGGAAGUGGGAGACGGUGAUGAUCGUGGAGGAAAUGGAGGGAGAGGGCGUCCCGAGGUGCGACGCAGCGAAGACCAACGAGGCCCAAGCGGAGCCUCGGGGCAAGAAGGGAAAGUUUGAGGACCAGGGCAUGAAGGCGCCCUCUGCUCCAUCAGAACAGUGGGGAUCCUACUUUGUGGACUCACACAAGAGUGGUGAAGGGGACGAGGAGAGCCAGAAACUCACCUGGUGCUGCCAUAGCAUCCACAAAUACAGCACCAUGGCCAUCCCCAGUGUGGAGUCUAUUGCAGAUCUGCCUCUGAACUACAAGUUCCCCAGGUUCUGUCCCAACAAACCCUGCACCACUGGCUACUACCCCAGACCCCCAGAUUCCCUGCUGAGAAAGUUCCAGAGUCAGUCGUCUUAAAGAGUCCCUCCUCCCCAGAGUCGCCCCCCCCUCGCCCUCCUCAGCCUAAAGGGGAGGAAUGUGCCUCCAUCUCGCCUGUAGUUCCACACCUGAACCACGCCAUCGAUCCCACUGGCACAGGAAAUCGCGCUCACAUUGGUAGAAACCAUGGGAAUGUGAGAGCACAGUAUCUCUCUCUGCAAGUAACCUGGCUACAUUUGAACGUUGUUCUGUACGUGGAUUAUUGUACAUGUGUGUGGAAAAAAUGUGACUUGCCAAUUGUAUGUGUGUGGGCGUGUCAGCAAACAGUGCUGAUUUUAAAGCAUAUUAUUCAUAUUGUUUCCUGUGAAGACCACUUUUGUAAUGUAGCUAGAUAGGUAAUUGAUGUUCCAGUUAAACCCCCUACAAGUACAUCAUUCAAUGUAAGUUAAUAACUCUUCAGAGUACUAAAAAAAAACUUUACGCCCUGUAAAUACUGUCCUACAUUUAGUUUUUUGGUGUGUUUCCUUACCUCAAAAAACAUGAUCGGAGCUGGAGUGCAACGUUGCAGUCACAGCGGUGUUGUCUGUUGUCUCCAGAGAGAAAUUCCUAAUAAUUCAUUAUGUCCAGUAUCUUUGGUAUGAUGUGUGUGUGUGUGUGUGUAUAAUACAUAACAAACAGCCAUUUUGGUUUUCUGUUUCACUGUAUGCAUUUCAGUGACAGUAACUUAAGAUGUCCUUUAAGAUAAAGCAUUUCCCCUGUGUUUGUCACAGAUUCCCCCCGGUACUGCUGCUCAUUCCGUGCACCAGUUCCGGAGCUCUACAUCACCGGCCUUCUAGGCUUCACUGAACUGUCUAAUUACGCACUCGUGGUUCCCAUUUCCCCUUAUUAGUAAUUGUAUAUACUCUGUUCACCAUUGUCACCAUGCCCGUUGGUCCUGUGAGUACCUGUGUUGUUUCGGCUUUCGUGCUGCGUGUUUUGUACAAUUGUUAUUACGGGUCUUACCUCGUUCUUUUGUUUGGGUUGCAUCCCAGUGUGUUUUUGUAUUUGUUCUGGGCAUCGUCCCCGUGCCUUUCAUGGCAUGUUGUUUAAUUUGGGUGGAGUAUUAAAACCCCCUAUUAUGUAUUCCUGCGCCUGUCGCCAAUCAUUUAUGCAACGUAACAGUAUUGAUUUUGUGGAAGGUGUUUAAGAGGAUUGUUCUUGAAGAAAUGGCACAAUCAGUCCUUAGUGUUACCUUUUUGUUGAAUAUAAAAUAAUAAAACGGUAAUAUUGGAUGCUUAAAGAUUAUGCUCUGUGUACUCUGUUAUUCUUUUGGUGCAACAGUAAACUAUAGUGCUGUUGGAGUGACUACUGUGUAAAAAUGUGUUAUACUUAUGCUUCAUAUGCAGUACCAAUUUGAAGAUAUGCUUUAAUUGACUUCUGAAUGGUUACAUGUGUUGGUUAGCUGCAUAUAGACUAUUUGUAUUAUAAUAAUAAGAAACACGUCUUAAUUUGCUUGCUUGUAGAAGUAUUUUUACAGGAAGUACUUUAGAGAGGAUAGCAGACCUUAAUUGGUCUUUGGAUUAUUUCUGUUUUAAAUGUGUGUGUUGGUGUUAAAUGCAGUGCAGUUUUGGUGAUUUUAUUCCAUUUACUUUUUUCCCCCAUCUGAUUUAGAAACUUUUAUUUGCUCAUUUGCCUUACGUUCAAUUCAUUAGUGGUAUUUUAGUGUUCUAGAGAAGAUGCAGGGAUAGUGUUCGAUGUACUGUCCGUGAAAUAAAUAAAGUUAUACAAUUUUGUUACACACUGCAUUUUUCUGAUUUGACUUUUCUUGAAAGUUCAAAUAAAACAUCUGAAAAUG